AUGGCAGCGAUUUACAGUCUUUACAUAAUCAACAAAUCUGGUGGUUUGAUUUUCUACAAGGAUUGUGGAACAAAGGGAAGGAUGGAUACGAAUGAUAGCUUGAGGGUAGCUAGUUUAUGGCACUCUAUGCACGCCAUUUCUCAGCAGCUUUCUCCUGUUAAUGGCUGUUCUGGCAUCGAACUUCUCCAAGCCGAUACCUUUGAUCUCCAUUGCUUCCAGUCUCUUCCAGGAACCAAGUUCUUUGUGGUUUGUGAACCUGGAACUCCUCACAUGGAGAGCCUCCUUAGAUACAUUUAUGAACUCUACACUGACUACGUCUUGAAGAACCCUUUCUAUGAGAUUGAGAUGCCUAUUCGUUGCGAGCUUUUCGACAUCAACCUUUCUCAAGCUGUUCAGUCUGACCGCGUUGCCUUGUUAGGACGAUGA